CCGCCACGGUGAAUUGUGCCGUGCUAAAUUCUGGAACGUGUUUACUGUAGUACACGUCAAAGGAGUAUUACUUUUUACUUUUAACCUGUUUCCGAAUCCUGCAGCGAUGCCUACGACUCAUGACUGGAUCAAUAACCCACUGGGUGUUGUUGACGGGCUGUUUGCCCAGAGUAACUCCAGUCCAGACUGGGAGAAGAAAGUUGUGGAGUAUUUCAAAGAGAAACUGAAACUAAACGACGCUCAUACAUGGGUUCCUUCUCUGAAUGAUGUUCCUCUGCAUUACCUAAAACCCAACAGCCUUGUGAAAUUUCGCUGCAUGGUCCAGGAUAUGUUUGAUCCAGAGUUUUUCAUGGGUGUUUAUGAAAUGAACGAUCCCACAUCAAACUCUAAACAGGUGAAAUGUGGAAAAUACAAAGAUGUCACAGAGUGCGGGCAGGUGGACUUUAACUCAAGAAACACAGUGACUUCAGAGAGGCAGACGUUUUACUGUGUCCCGAUCCCAGGAGAAUCCAAUUGGGUCAAGGAAAGCUACGCAGGCAGCAGUCAGGCACGAGUGGUGCCCUCUACUUCCUACGUCCCCAACAGGCAUAAGCGCAGCUAUGAAGAAGACGAUGAGAUGGAUACGCAAUGCCAACAGACCAAAGACAUCAACCAAGGAGCUCAGAGCUCUGCGGAGUCUCAUGGCAACACUGAGCCAAAGCGUCAAGAGACUGAAGCCCCCAGUCAGGACUCGUCUUCAUUACACUGCACAUCCAGCCUCGAUCUCAACUUCCCUUUGCCUGGUGAAAAAGGCCCAGCCUGUCUUGUCAAGGUGUAUGAGGACUGGGACAGUUUCAAGCUAAAUGAUAUGUUGGAGGUAUUUGGUAUCCUCUCUGUGGACCCGGCCUUGAGCGUGAUUGGAGAUGAGAGAGAGUCUUCAUUGCUGGACCCCACAGAAGGCAUGGAGACUAUGGAGGAGCAGAGAGUUCACAGCCCACCAGCAUCCCUCGUACCACGACUGCACAUGCUGUUUGCCCAACCUCUAGCGCACAACAACCCACUGCUGCCCUCUAGUCCACUGGAGAAUAAUGCAGACUAUUUGAGUAGUGUUCUUGGCGAGCUGGCUUCAGUCCGAGCAGAGCUGCUCACCUUCUUCACGCAUAUCCUGAUGGGAGAUUCACUCGCUGCAGAGUACCUUAUUCUCCAUCUCAUCUCCAAUGUAUACAGCAGACGGGAUGUUCUUCCUUUGGGCAAGUUCACAUUGAAUCUCAGUGGCUGUCCUCUCAGCUCUCCAUUCACCGAGCAUCUCUACAAAGUCAUCCAACAGCUUGUGCCAUCUUCAUACCGGCUAUCAAUGAGCCUGAAUAAUAUGAACACCCAGCGCAUGGUGCCUCGGAAAGACUACACCGCUAACCGUCUGGUGAGCGGGACUCUUCAGCUGGCCAAAAACACAUCACUGUUUCUGGACGAGACACAGCUGGAACAGGGCCAACUGGACACCACAGGUGUGCGUAACAUCACUGCGCUGGGGAACCUGAUCUCCUGGCAGAAGGUUGAUUACGACUUCAACUACCACCAGAUGGAAUUCCCUUGCAAUAUUAACGUGCUUAUCGCGUCUGAGGGCCGAUCGCUCCUCCCGUCUGACUGUCAAGUUCACCUGAGGGCCUCUCUGAAUCCACCUAACCUGGAGGAGUAUCUGAGUGCGGUGCAGGUGGCGCAGGUUCCAUCGCAGCUCAACAAGUACCGCGUUUACCUGAGUGUGGCGCGGGCUCUGAACUACACCAUUUCAGAUGAGAUUACAAAGGCAGUGGAAGAGGACUUUGUAGAUAUGCGAAAAGAUGAUCCUCAGAGUAUGUCAGCAGAAGACCUUCAUAGACUGCUGGUUGUUGCGAGGUUGCUCUCAUUGAGUCAUGGACAGAACACACUUUCUAGAGACGGCUGGAUGAAAGCCAAGCAGCUCGAGGCCUUGAGGAUUAGUCGGACACAACAGCAGAAAUGUGUGAACGGAAACGAGCCUUAAAUAUAUUGCUAUUGACAACUACCUAAACAGAUACCGUACUUCUUCUUUUGGAUUAAAUAGUAAUGUUUUCAUAUGGCAAAAAACUAUUGUACAGUUCUUUUUUUUUUACUUCAUUUUAAACGUUUGGGAAAACUUAGGACACUGGUGAAGUAGAUUUGUCAUUGUUAUAUUUAGUUUUUGAUACUUUCGUUUGUAUAUUAACAUUUAUACGAAUAUGCAGACAUCUGACAAUGUAUAACUGCCUUACAGCAAACAUGUACACUUCUGGCACAAGGGUAUUAGGAAAAUAAAGUGUGGAGAACUUUG